AUGCGCUCCGCCGCUGUCCUGGCGCUUCUGCUCUGCGCCGGGCAAGUCACUGCCCUCCCUGUGAACAGUCCUACGAAUAAAGGGGACACUGAGGUGAUGAAGUGUAUCGUUGAGGUCAUCUCUGACACGCUCUCCAAGCCCAGCCCCAUGCCUGUCAGCCAGGAGUGUUUCGAGACCCUCCGGGGAGACGAACGGAUCCUUUCCAUCCUGCGACAUCAGAAUUUACUGAAGGAACUCCAAGACCUCGCUCUCCAAGGUGCCAAGGAGAGGACAUAUCAGCAGAAGAAACACAGCAGUUUUGAGGAUGAACUCUCAGAGGUUCUUGAGAACCAGAGCAGCCAGGCCAAGCUGAAAGAGGUAGCAGAAGAGCCAUCCUCCGAGGUCACUGUGGAGAAAAGAGGAGAUUCUGAAGAGGCAGAGAAGAGUGGUGAAGCCACAGAAGAAGCAGAGCCCCAGGCCUUCCCAGAAUCCAGCCAGGAGUCUACGAUUGAGGGGGACAGCCAGGCCCCUGGGGAGGAGGAGGCCACCAACACCCACCCCUCAGCCAGCCUCCCCAGCCCUCAACACCCAGGCUCACAGGCCGAGGAGGACAGUGAUGACUCUUCACAGGGUCUGGUGGACACAGAGACGGGCCUGAGUGCAGAGCAAGGGCAUCAGGCAAAGCGAGAGGAGGAGGAAGAGGAAGAGGAGGAAGAGGAGGAGGAGGAGGAGGCGGAGGCGGCAGAGGCUGGAGAGAACGCUGGCCCUGAGGAAGAAAGUCCUGCUGCAACAUUUAACCCCCACCUGAGCCUCGGCUACAAGGAGACCCGGAAAGGCAAGAGUCGGUCCGAGGCAGUGGCUGUGGAUGGAGCCGGGAAGACCAGGGCUGAGGAGACUCAGCCCCCCGAGGGGAAGGGAGAGCAGGAGCGGUCGCAGGAGGAGCAGGAGCAGGAGGAGAUGGCGGGGGCCCCUCCAGGCCUCUUCCAGGGCGGGAAGAGCAGGGAGCAGGAGCAGGAGGAGGACGAGGAGGAGCGACUCUCCAAGGAGUGGGAGGACACCAAGCGGUGGAGCAAAAUGGACCAGCUGGCCAAGGAGCUGACGGCCGAGAAGCGGCUGGAGGGGGAGGACGAGGAUGAGGACGAGGAUGAGGACGAGGACGACCCUGACCGCUCCAUGAAGCUCUCCCUCCGGGCCCGGGCUGACGGCUCCAGGGGCCCUGGGCCGCAGCAGCGACGAGGCUGGAGGCCGUCCUCCCGGGAGGACAGCGUCGGGGCGGGCCUGCCACUCCAGGUCCGCCGCUACCCCGAGGAGAAGAAGGAUGAAGAGGGCAGCGCCAACCGCAGACCCGAGGACCAGGAGCUGGAGAGCCUGUCAGCCAUCGAGGCGGAGCUGGAGAAGGUGGCCCACCAGCUGCAGGCGCUGCGGCGGGGCUGA